AAAAUUUCUGUUUGGCUCCCGAGAAAAUCACCAGAGAAUACAAUCCUGAUACCGAAUGGAAGGUGAAAGCGAUUCCGAGAACAUGAAGAAGCAGAAGAGAGGCCAAAACGUCAUUGUCCUCACUGGAGCUGCCGCUGUCAUUGCUCUCGCCAUCAACCUCGCUAUCUCCGCCGUUAAGAGAAGAAGGUCGAGGAAGAAAGGUCUUCCGGGAUCUACUGUUCGUGUUAAUCUCUCGGAGAGUGGGAUUCUCAAAUUAGCUGAUCGAAUCAUUGCCAAGUCGAAAGAGGUUCAUGAUGCGGUUGCUUCGGUUCCUGUUGAUAAGGUUACAUAUAAGAAUGUGAUAUCACCUCUAGCAGAAUUGGAGGCAGAGCAGUUUCCACUAGUGCAGUCAUGUGUGUUCCCAAAGUUGGUUUCUACUUCGGAUAGUGUGCGCAAAGCAAGUGCUGCAGCAGAGAGGAGAAUAGAUGCUCACAUCUCGUCAUGCAGUAAGCGUGAAGAUGUAUACCGUGUUGUCAAAGCAUUUGCUGCAAGGGGGGAAUGGUUAGGCCCUGAAGUUAAACGCUUUGUGCAGUCGCUGAUCAGAGACUUUGAGCAGAAUGGAUUGAACCUUACUGUGACCAAAAGAGAGGAAGUACAGCGCUUGAGAUCUCAAAUUGAUGAGCUAAGUUUGCGAUAUAUUCAAAAUUUGAAUGAUGAUAGCACUUUGCUUCUGUUCAGUGAGCUAGAGCUGGCUGGAUUACCUACAGAGUUCCUUAAGAGUUUAGAAAAAGUUGAAAAUGGGAUGUUUAAGGUUACACUCAAAAGUCAUCAUGUUGCAGCAGUCUUGGAGCUAUGCAAGGUUGGAAAGACAAGAAGGUUGGUAGCUGUGGCUUAUGGAAAGAGAUGUGGAGAAGUUAAUCUGUCUAUCUUGGAAGAUUUGGUCCAAGCACGUCAUAAGUUUGCUCGUUUACUUGGAUAUUCAAACUAUGCAGACUAUGCUCUUGAUCAUAGAAUGGCAAAGACAUCCUCAAAGGUUUUUGAGUUCUUAGAGGACAUCUCUGCCAGUUUAACUGAUUUAGCCACUAGAGAACUAUCCAUUUUAAAAGAUUUAAAGAGAAGAGAGGAGGGAGAGGUUCCGUUUGGAGUUGAGGAUCUAUUGUACUAUGCGAAGAAGGUUCAAGAACAGCAGUUUGAUCUUGACAUUGGAGCCCUCAAACAGUACCUUCCUGUCAAUUUGGUUCUAUCUGGAAUCUUCAAGAUAUUUCAAGACCUUUUUGGUUUAAGAUUUGAGGAAAUUACUGGUGCUGACAUUUGGCAUUUUGAUGUUCGAGUUUUUUCUGUUUUUGACUUGACUUCUGGUGAACUUCUGGGUUAUUUCUACAUUGAUCUGUACAGAAGGGAAGGGAAAUAUGGUCACACUUGUGUUGUGGCUCUUGAAAAUGGUGCAGUAGGACUGAAUGGUGCUCGGCAGAUUGCAGUGGCACUACUUAUAUCUCAGUUUGAGAAGGACAUUUGUGGUGUCCCUGGGUUGUUGAGAUUUUCUGAAGUUGUUAAUCUUUUCCAUGAGUUUAGUCAUGUGGUCCAACAUGUAUGCAAUCGUGCAUCAUUUGCUAGAUUUUCUGGUCUGCGCAUUGACCCUGAUUUCCUUGAGAUCCCAGCUCUGUUGCUAGAAAACUGGUGUUAUGAGAGCUUCUCCUUGAAGUUGAUAUCUGGCUUCCACCAGGACAUUACAAAACCCAUCAAAGAUGAAGUUUGUGAUUCACUUAAGCGAUGGCGGAAUUCCUUUUCAGCUCUUAAAUUUAAGCAAGAAGUACUUUAUUGUCUUUUUGAUCAAAUUAUACAUUCAGCUGAAGAUGUUGACAUUGUUGAGUUAUUCAAGCAUCUUCAUCCUAAGGUGAUGUUGGGUUUGCCAAUGUUAGAAGGAACGAAUCCCGCUUCAUGUUUUCCACGCUGUGCAAUUGGUUAUGAAGCUACUUGUUACAGUCGUAUUUGGAGUGAGGUUUUUGCAGCUGAUAUAUUUGCCUCAAAGUUCCGUGAUGGCCUUUUGAACCAGUAUGUUGGUAUGCAGUUUAGGAAAAAGGUAUUAGCACCAGGAGGAGCUAAAGAACCUGUUGAAAUUCUUUCAGACUUUCUGGGAAGAGAACCGUCAAUUCAAGCUUUUGUUGAUGGCAAACUUGAUAAUUUGUAAUGCUAGGAGAGUUUUGGUAAUAAUCUUCUUACCUCUCUUAUCAUUACGAGAUAAAAUGUUUAGAUGGCAUCUUGCAAUUUCAUUCCCAAUGGUAACUAUCAAAAUUCUGCUUCUGUUCUGUGGAGUAUGUAUUCUUAAAGUGGUUCCUUCAACUCACUCGUGUCAUUCUUUUGUAAUAGUAAAAUGAUUAGAAGAAUUCAUUGUAAAACAAAAGCAGUUAUGGCAA